CGCGCAGAAUCCUGCCAGGACGCUUGGCAACCGUUGCUAAGGCCGAGUGCAGGCCCCGCCCCCACUGUGCGCGAGCUUGACGUCACUUCCGCAGGCGACCCCUUCCCGACCCUGCCGCCCCCACACCUAGUGGGAAGAUUGCAGCCACCUGCAGAGGUGCACGCCUGCUCCCUUCGGGGGCGCGGGAGCCUGGGGGCUGCCAUGGCCCCCAGCCACCUGUCCGUGCGGGAGAUGAGGGAAGAUGAGAAACCCCUGGUGCUGGAGAUGCUGAAGGCUGGCGUGAAGGACACAGAGAACCGCGUGGCCUUGCACGCCCUGACACGGCCACCAGCCCUGCUCCUCCUGGCCGCGGCCAGCAGUGGCCUGCGCUUCGUCCUGGCCUCCUUCGCCCUGGCCCUUCUCCUGCCCGUGUUCUUGGCCGUGGCGGCCAUGAAGCUGGGCCUGCGGGCCCGAUGGGGCUCACUGCCCCCACCAGGCGGCCUGGGGGGCCCGUGGGUGGCAGUGCGCAGCUCGGGUGACGUGUGUGGGGUGCUGGCCCUGGCCCCAGGCUCCAGUGCUGGGGACGGGGCCCGGGUCACCCGCCUCUCCGUGUCUCGCUGGCACCGCCGUCGAGGUGUGGGCAGGCGGCUGCUGGCCUUUGCCGAGUCCCGGGCUCGAGCCUGGGCGGGAGGCAUGGGGGAGCCCCGGGCCCGGCUCGUGGUCCCAGUGGCUGUGGCAGCUUGGGGCGUGGCAGGGAUGCUGGAGGGGUGCGGCUACCAGGCUGAGGGCAGCUGGGGCUGCAUGGGUUACACGCUUGUAAGAGAGUUCAGCAAGGACCUGUGACCGGAGCCAGCCGGGAGGGAGAUCACUUCUCGAGCACUCACCAUGUGCAGGUCCUCCCUGUGUGAACCCCCAGCCCUCUGGGGGCCCACAAACAGGCCUGCAGAGGGCAAGUCGCCCUGCUGCAGGCUGAUGUCUGUGUGUCGUGCGUGAACUUCUCGGAGAGGUCAACCUGUGCGGGGGUUUUGCGCACCGAGAAAUCUCGGUCUGUCCGCAAAGGCGGCCCCCUUUGUGGUACGGGCCUGGGAGAGAUGUGCGGGGAGGAGGAGACGGGGCCGGACGAGCGUGCCUGCCUCUGUGGGUUAAGACUUGGGGCGGGGGCACCCCAAAUGGGGGACACAGCCCUCCUGGGAACGGGGUGGAGUGCGAUGGCUGCAGGGGAUGAACAGAGCCUCUGCAGGGGAGGGUCAUCGGCUUAGAGAGGCCUGGGCAGGGUCGGGGUGGGCGCGGGGUGGGCGCAGGGCUGCCCGAGGCGGGCCCCUCCUGGGAAGGUGAGCCGAGAGGAGCGGCCAGACCCAUCUGGAUUUUUACACCCGAUUGUUAAUAAAGCCUGGUCUCGCUCUC